AUGGCACGGCAGAGGAGUGCUGCCCUCCUCCUUGGCUUGGCCCUGGGCCUGCAGAGCACGCCGGCCUAUGCGGACGCCAUCGAUGAUGAGGUGGCAGAGUACAUCAGGGAGGUAAGGAAGAUGAUCCUCAGAGAGCCGGAGGACAGUUCCGAGACGGUUUACAACUACAACCAGGAGUACCAGGAUGCGAACGCAGACUUUGUGCGGCAGAAGUAUGCCAAGAUGAAGGAGAAUGUCUUGAAGGCAAGAAACGACAACGAGCGAGCCAAGGCCAUGCGCGUGAUGAAGGCCGAGGCCUUGAAAGAAGCCGUGGACAUCACCGAGGCGAACCUCCUGAAGUGA